AAAAAUAGAACUGCAGGAGAAGGUUCACUUCCCAGAGGUUCAGUUUCAUCCCAGCGAUGGAUGCAGGCACACAUCCAAGCGCGGAUGGAAAUGCGCCGGCUCCCGUUCCAGCACGGGCAGAACAAGCCCAAAUUGAUAGGUGAAAUCUGAUCUGGGGCUUCUGCUUGUUUGUUUUCCAUCUUCCAAUGAGACAGUGCACGUUUGCUCUGAGUUCUGGCUGAAGUGCUGGGGUUACCUUGCCGUGAGUCUUGGUUGGGUUUGCGAGGAAAAAAUCAAGAGCUUCAGCAGCUGGAGGUUACCUGUUGGUCCUCGUGGCCUGAGAAGGUGAAGAAUGAUGGAAACAAGAUUUCUUCUGCUUUUCUGCCCGUGAAUCAGCAAAAAGGGGGAAGAGGAAGAAGAGCUGGCAGUGGACAGUCAGUCCUUCCUGCUGUGCGUGGCAGCUCUGGAAGGUGCCAGCGUUGGUGACGGCGUCAUUGCCUCCGGGAAGGCGGACUGGCAGCCAGCAGGCACUUGGGCAUUUGGUGAUAGCCACAGUGGGCUGUUAUCUUGAGAGCUGAAGGCCACAUGUGAGCUUGGCAGAGCUUCUUGAUCAAGUCCUGUUUGAGCUGUUUGCCUGUUAAUUCCAAAGGUCGUGUUGAUCAUGGACAGUGAAGAAAUCCCUACUUUUUCGAGUCCAAAGGAGGAAACUGCCUAUUGGAAAGAGCUUUCCUUGAAGUACAAGCAAAGCUUCCAGGAGGCUCGUGAAGAGCUGGCUGAAUUCCAGGAGGGAAGCAGGGAAUUAGAAGCUGAGUUGGAGGCACAGCUAGUGCAGGCUGAGCAGAGGAACAGAGAUUUGCAAGCAGAUAACCAAAGACUGAAAUAUGAAGUGGAAACAUUAAAGGAGAAACUGGAGCACCAGUAUGCCCAGAGUUACAAGCAGGUGUCGUUGUUGGAGGAUGACCUGAGCCAGACAAGAGCCAUCAAAGAUCAGCUGCACAAGUAUGUGAGGGAGCUGGAGCAGGCCAACGAUGACCUGGAACGUGCCAAGAGGGCAACAAUAGUUUCAUUGGAAGACUUUGAACAAAGGCUGAACCAAGCUAUUGAGAGAAAUGCAUUUUUAGAAAGUGAACUGGAUGACAAGGAGUCAUUGCUGGUCUCUGUACAGAGAUUAAAGGAUGAAGCAAGAGACCUGCGGCAGGAGCUGGCUGUGAGGGAGAGGCAGCAGGAGGUGACCAGGAAAUCAGCACCCAGCUCCCCCACGCUGGACUGUGAGAAGAUGGAUUCAGCUGUCCAGGCUUCUCUUUCCUUGCCAGCUACACCCGUUGGAAAAGGAUCAGAAAAUAGUUUUCCUUCCCCAAAAGCUAUACCAAAUGGGUUUGGUACCAGCCCACUCACUCCUUCAGCUCGAAUAUCUGCACUCAACAUCGUGGGAGAUCUGCUACGCAAAGUGGGGGCCUUAGAAUCCAAGCUGGCUGCUUGCAGGAAUUUUGCAAAGGACCAGGCAUCACGGAAAUCCUACAUUUCAGGGAACGUCAGCAGCGCCGCGCUGGGCAGCGCCACAAAGUACCCCGGGCACACGUCCUUCUUUGACAAGGGGGCAGUGAACGGCUUUGACCAAGGGCCCCCCGGCCUGGGGGGCUCCCGCCCGUCCUCGGCGCCGGGAAUGCUCCCCCUGAGUGUAUGAGCCCCCAGGGCUUGGACUCGGAUGCUUUUCUCAGCCCAGCUCGAGAAGAACUGCUCCUGAUUCCGCCCCCUUCCCACUGGAACAUGACCCUGAGAGGAGACCCCGAGCCCACGGCCCUCCAUGUCCUGUCAAUACAGUUUGUUUUCUGCUGUCGCUGUAGUGGACGUUCUCUGCCCCGGCCCCACCAGCUGCCACCCUCUGCUGUGCUUGGGACACCGAGUGAGUCCUGCUGUGCUUGGGGACAGGCAAGUUUGGGGACACUGAGUCCUGCUGUGCUUGGGACACCGAGUCCUGCUCUGUUUGGGGACAGGCAAGGCUGGGGACACCGAGUCCUGCUGUGCCUGGGGACAGGCCCAGCCUCGCCCCUUGGCUUUCCCUCUCCUCUCAGUCUGACAGAGCCUUGGCUGCUCCUCUGACAGCUCCCCUGUCCCUGUCCCUGUCCUGCCAGGCCCUGCAGCUGCUGCUCUCAGACCUGUGGAGGUGCCCUGGGGUGGCCAGCGGUGGCCCUGGGGCCGUUGGCACUCGGGAGCCAGCCCCAGGUGCUGUCUCAGGGGCAGCUGCACCCGGGGCACUCAGAGCAGGGCUGGGUGAGCAGCUCCAUCCCUGCUGGACAGCUGGACACACACAGAGCCAGGCUCUGUGCCCACCCCAGCCCCCAGAUGCCUUGGCAGGCCUGGCACGGCUGAGCUGUUCUCCCUGGGCUCUGCCCCGUGCAGGUGGCAGUGCUGGGGCAGGGGCUGUGCCCUCAGCUGUCCCCAGGGCUGUCCCUCUGCUCCCUGCUGGACUCGGCCCCCGUCCCUCACCCCACACACAGCCCCCCCGUGGGAGCUUUAGGAACCCCCAGAACCCCCUGCCCAUCUCCCCUGUGCUGUAGGACUGGGCUGCGCAGCCUCACCGAGGGCUGCUCUGGCACUUUGGGGCGGCUGAACCUUGUGGGUCCUUCAAGCAACACAUCUGUGUGGUUUCUCUGUCCAUGUGCCUCAGAGUCAGUGGAUUUUUAUUCUGAACCAGCAAAUGGAGCCAGGGUUGGAGCUGAGGGUUCAGCAGUUGUUGGUCAGGGGCUCUGCAGCUCCCAGGUGGUUGAGUUACAGAUGCUGAGGAAGAAAACCCCACUGGCCCAGCAGUGGAGGUGGGAUUGUCCCUUUGCCAUUAGGGUUUGUAUGGUCCUUCCUUCCUGUGCAUCCUCUGCUGCAUUUGACUGUUUACAUUUGUUUUAUUGUACAUAGAUUUGUAAACAUAAUACCUUUGCCUGAGGUCUUUGUACAUAACUUGGGCUUUGUAGCUUUAUUUAUUCAGCCUCUCUCUGGCAUGUUUCCAUAGGAUGUACCGUUCCACCCUGGUGCCACUGACAUGAUGUGGUUUCAAAAGAAUGAAAACAAAUGAGAGUAAUCUUCCAAAAAUAAAGUUCUUUUAAUGUGGAAUCAGUGGAUUUUGCAGAA